AUAUAUAAUUGGUAAAACAAAAAAUAUUAGCAUGAUAGAACCAUGUCCAGGCUGUGCUGCACCCUAUGGUUAUAAAAAUGCCAUGCCACUAAGCAGGGACACCUAUCGGUUCUCAACUGAAGUAAAGAAAGCUGCUGUUUCUGGUAAUUUGGAUGCUCCCGAAGGUGGUUUUGAUGCCAUUAUGCAGGCCAUAGCUUGUCGUCAACAAAUCGGUUGGCGUGAACAGGCUCGUCGUUUGUUGGUCUUUUCAACAGAUGCUGGUUUCCAUUAUGCUGGUGAUGGCAAGCUUGGUGGCGUUAUUACACCCAACGAUGGUGAAUGCCAUUUGAACUCCGCUGGUCUCUAUACCCAUUCGGUUAUACAGGAUUAUCCCAGUAUUUCACAAAUCAAUCACAAGGUCAAACAAAAUUCCAUUAACAUCAUUUUCGCCGUUACCCAAAAUCAACAUUCGGUAUAUCAGAAAUUAUCUCAACACAUUGAGGGUUCUUCCAGUGCUGUGCUAUCCAAUGAUUCUUCCAACGUUGUCGAUUUGGUUAGAGAGGAAUACAGCAAAAUCUCUUCUUCCAUUGAAAUGAAAGACAAUGCCACCAGCCACGUAAAGAUCACCUAUCACUCGACCUGUUUGAAUGGUGACACCGAAUUGCCCACCUCGAAAUGUGAUGGCUUGAAAGUUGGUGAUAUUGUCACCUUCAAUGCGAAAAUUAUGGUAACCUCUUGCCCUGCUGAUCCUGCUGAAUGGAAUCAAGUAAUCCAAAUCUAUCCUGUCGGUAUUAAUGAAAGUUUAAUUGUCAACUUGGAAAUGUUGUGCUCAUGUGAUUGUGAAAAGCCCGGUUCAAUUGGUUAUGAAUUGAAUUCACCACAAUGUAAUAAUCAUGGUAAAUUGAUGUGCGGCAUUUGUGAUUGUGAUGAUAUGCACUUUGGUCAUUCGUGUGAAUGUUCGAACAAUGAAAUUCAUCCGGAGAAAAUCAAUGAUUAUGGUUGUCGUGCUGAUAACACCUCGGCUGUGGAUUGUAGCGGACGUGGUACAUGUUUGUGUGGUGUAUGUGAUUGUGAAAAACGUGCUAAUCCUGAGGAAGUGAUUUCGGGACGUUUCUGUGAAUGUGAUAACUUUUCGUGUGAACGUCACGAGCAGCAAUUGUGUUCGGGUCCCGACCAUGGUACAUGUGAAUGCGGUCAGUGUAUCUGCAAACCUGGAUGGUCGGGCAGUGGUUGCAAUUGUAAGACAUCGAAUGAAAGUUGUUAUCCUCCCGGUGGUGGUGAAAUUUGUUCCGGACGUGGUGAAUGUGUAUGCGGUAAAUGCGAAUGUCAAUCGACUAGUGAAGGACGCUAUUCCGGUGAUCAUUGUGAAUAUUGUCCCACAUGUACUGGUCGUUGUCAUGAACUUAAAGAUUGUACCCAAUGUCAAGUAUAUCGUACCGGCCCGCUAAAGGAUGAAGAGGAUUGUCGUACCAACUGUACCCUAUUUACACCGAUUGAAGUUGAAAAAGUCGAAAUUGAUGAAACGAAAAAUGAAUAUUUGUGUAUCUUCUAUGAUGAAUACGAUUGUAAAUUCAAAUUCAAGUAUCGUGAAGAGGAUAACAAAAUUAUUGUCACAGCUCAGACUGAACGUGAAUGUCCACCUAAAGUUUUCAUGUUGGGUAUUGUGUUGGGUGUUAUUGCUGCCAUUGUGUUGGUUGGUUUGGCCAUUUUGCUGCUGUGGAAAUUGUUGACGACAAUUCAUGAUCGUCGUGAAUUUGCUAGAUUUGAAAAGGAACGCAGUAUGGCUAAAUGGGAUGCGGGUGAAAAUCCAAUUUACAAACAAGCCACCUCCACCUUCAAGAAUCCCAUGUAUGCUGGCAAAUAAA